GCCUUUGAUCAAAUUUCAUUCAAUUUGUUUUAUCGCGGCAUCAAGAUGUUGACAGAAAUCGCGAUAUUGUUUGCAAGUGUGGGCAUAGUAGCCGUUUUAUUUGUAAAAUACAAAUACGGCUACUGGAAGAGAAGAAAUGUUCCUUAUUUGGAACCAACGUUUCCUACUGGCAAUAACACGAGCUUCUUUCCGAAAGGAAUAGCAAUUGGAAAAAUAUCUGAUUAUUUCUAUAAAGAAUUCAAAGCAAGAGGGGUGAAAAGGGGUGGUGUUUAUUUGGGAGUAGAUCCAAGUUUGGUACUCUUGGACCCUGAAGAUGUAAGAACCGUUUUAGUAAAGGAAUUUAAUAGUUUUGUGGACCGUGGUAUCUAUGGGACCAAAGCCGAUCCAACUACUGUACAUUUGGUUACACAGAAUGGUCAAGAAUGGAAAAGUGCGAGGGUCAAAUACACCAGCGUCUUCACAUCCGCAAAAAUGAAGAUAAUGUACGAUGCUAUGAAAAAAACCAUUACAUAUAUGUUACCUUUAUUGGAGGACAGCGCCAAAAGGAAUCUUGAUGUAGAUGUUUUAGACACAACGGCACGUUUCACUACUGACUCAGUUGGUUCGACGAUAUUCGGUGUGGAAUGCAAUUCUUUCAAAGAUCCAGAUGCGGAAUUCAGAAAUCUCGGAAUACAUUUGCUCGAGCAGUUUUCCCCAAUAGACAGAAUGCGUUUAUUCAUGGUGAUAUAUUUUCCCAAAUUGGCAGCGAAAUUGAAUAUCUCCAAUAUCCAAACAGAGGUAUCGACGAAAUUCACUCGACUUAUCAAAGACACAGUGGAGUACAGGGAAAAAAAUAAUGUAUCCAGAAAAGACUUUCUAGAUAUGUUGAUCCAAUUGAAAAACUCAGGACAACAUAUAACUUUGGACGAAUUAAUCGGACAGACAUUUGUAUUCUUCCUUGCUGGAUUCGAAACCUCUUCUAGUACCACAACGAUGACAUUGUACGAACUUGCUGAGAAUCAAGAUGUUCAGGACAGACUAAGAGAAGAAAUAACAAGCACCUUCGAGAAGAAUAACAACGAUUUGUCGUAUGAAGCGCUCAUGGGAAUGAAAUACCUUGGUCAAGUAAUCGAUGAAACUCUGAGGAUGUGGCCUCCAGUAAUAUCCCUCUUGAGGGUGUGCGUAAAGGAUUUCAAGUUUCCAGAUAGUGACUUACUAAUUGAAAAAGGAACAAGAAUCAUCAUCCCAGCUCUGUCACUACAUAGAGAUCCAGACCAUUUUCCAGACCCGUUGAAAUUUAGUCCAGACCGUUUCGAAGAUAAGAAUAAAAAAUACCCAGCAUAUUUACCGUUCGGAGAUGGACCUAGAAAUUGUAUUGGUUUACGUUACGGCUUGAUGCAAGUCAGAGUAGGUUUGGCAACCAUAUUGAGGGACUACAAAGUUUUGCCAAGUCCAUCCACUAAAAGACCAUUGGAGAUUGAUCCAGAUACGUUCCUUCUUAGAACGACAGAACGUGUAUGCUUGAAAUUCGAAAAAAUCAAUUGA